CCCCGAUCCCGGCCGGAUCCCGCCGCAUCCCGCAUCCUGCGCGCGCCCCGCCCCGCGCACGCGCCCGGCGCGCUCCCGGUGCCGCGGCGGAGGAGGAGGAGGAGGAGGAAGGAAGGGAGGAAGGAGAGCAGGAAAAGCGGGAGCGAUGGACAGCGCCGGCAAGGAGCGGGAGGCCGUGCAGCUCAUGGCGGAGGCCGAGAAGCGCGUCAAGGGCUCGCACUCCUUCCUGCGGGGGCUCUUCGGGGGCAACACCCGUGUGGAGGAGGCCUGUGAGAUGUACACCAGGGCUGCCAACAUGUUCAAGAUCGCCAAAAACUGGAGUGCGGCAGGAAAUGCCUUUUGCCAGGCAGCCAAGCUGCACAUGCAGCUGCAGAGCAAGCACGACUCAGCCACCAGCUUUGUGGAUGCUGGGAAUGCCUACAAAAAAGCAGAUCCGCAAGAGGCCAUCAACUGCUUAAACGCAGCCAUCGAUAUCUACACGGACAUGGGCCGCUUCACCAUCGCCGCCAAGCACCACAUCACCAUCGCCGAGAUCUACGAGGCCGAGCUGGUGGACAUCGAGAAGGCCAUCGCACACUACGAGCAGGCUGCGGAUUACUACAAGGGAGAGGAAUCCAACAGCUCAGCCAACAAGUGUCUGCUGAAGGUGGCGGCCUACGCGGCACAGCUGGAGCAGUACCAGAAAGCCAUCGAGAUCUACGAGCAGGUGGGAACAAACACGAUGGAUAACCCUUUGCUCAAGUACAGCGCCAAAGAAUAUUUCUUCAAAGCUGCCCUGUGCCACUUCAUCGUGGAUGAGCUGAAUGCCAAGCUUGCGCUGGAGAAAUACGAAGAAAUGUUCCCGGCUUUCACAGAUUCCCGGGAAUGCAAGCUAUUGAAAAAACUGCUGGAAGCUCAUGAGGAGCAGAACAGUGAGGCCUACACCGAGGCUGUGAAGGAAUUCGACUCCAUCUCGCGGCUGGAUCAGUGGCUCACCACGAUGCUGCUGCGCAUCAAGAAAACCAUCCAGGGCGAGGGCGACGGCGACCUCAAGUGACGCCCGCGGGCCCUUCCCGCCUCCAGCCGAGGACUUUUCGGGAAUUCCCGACCCAAUCCCGCGCUUUCUUUGGUCGCUUCCCACUCCCAUGGCUCACUGUGUUUCUUUAGCCCCCGCUCUGUGGUGACGCUCCGGGCGGAUGCCAGGCGGGAGAAGCCCUUGGAGCGGAAUUCCUCCUUCUCCUCCUCGGGUUUGGUCCCGCCCAUCCCGGUGCCUGCACUCGCAGCUCCCGGUUUUCCUGCUGUUCCGUUGACUCCAGCAUGUAAAUAUUCCAUCACGGCCAGCACAGUACCAAUUAGCGCUUCCAGCCCGUUGUGUUCCCAUUUUCCCGUUCUCAAGUGUUGGAUACACUUGGAUUUGGGGGUCUGGAAGUGGUGCUAGGCAGAGGCUUUGGGAAUUGGGAAUAUCCUGCACACCCCCACCACGCCAUAGGCAUUCCAGGAACAUAGGAUCGAUGUUGGCCCUAGGUCCUGGUUGGUUUCCAUCUUUCUUGGAUUGAUUUCCCACUUUAGUUCGUGGUGCAUCCCAUCCCUCCACUUCCAAAUAUUCCACCUGAGGAAGGAUCUGUUUUUGUACCUCACCCUCUGCGUGUGCCGGGCACAAUCCCUAAAUUCCACGGGUGUGGAUCCCACAGGAGCCUUGCUGGAAUUCAGGUGGCAGGGGGGCACAGUUUGCUUGGGAAAAGUUGAAAAAUUCCUGCAGGAAUUGAUGGGUGUGUGGUUAAGGAGAGAGGAUUGAGCUGCCUGGUUUUCCCAGGAUGCGUCGGAGGCGUCGGGAGCUUGUGCAAUUUGUCGCUCUUUGGGAAGAGUGAAGUCAGGAAUUUAGGGCUGUUCUGGAGGCUCCAGGCAGCCCCAGCCCCUCUUUCCUCUGGAAGAAGUCAGGUUGGAAUGUUGGGCUUUGGAUAGAGCUUGGCUCGUUGGGCUCUAAAGUUCUGAAAACCAAAAAUCCCAAUCCAUGCAAAUUUCUCCUUGGUUUGGUGUUUUCCCACCCUUCCCUAUCUGUUUCCCACAGGUCCUUGUGUUCAUCCCAAACAUCCCAACCAGAUGGAAAAGUUGGGAGGCAGUGGGGGGGGAUCUCCCAGCUCCAGGCUUGGAAGCACAUGGAGUUCAUCCAUUCCCACCCUCAGGAAUGGCUUUUUCAGGCGUCCAGCACUGUGGGAGCCGGGAUGAGGGGAAGCACAGCUUGGGAAGCUCCACUUUUCCCGGUGUUUUUUCGGUUCUGUUGCCGUUCCCCGUGUCGGUGUUGUAGGACAGGAGGAGCAGGAGGGCUGUUACUCCAUCCCUACACCUGGUAGUUGUGUGUGAGUAGCUCCAGCAUGUCCUCUGCUGUAUCCAUGGUGAAUUGUGACGGUUCCCAGGUGACAAUUCCGCCACUCCCGCUGUAUUCCCGCCCCACCUCCAUCACUCUCUACUUGGAAAACUUAUUUAAGGAAAUGGCCUUAGCAAGAAUAUCAUGUUUGGUGUGACUCUGUACAUGAAUAAAGUGAAAAUCAUGGAUGGAA